AUGGACAAGAACCCGCACAACCUGGCUGGCUCCCACAAGGACAAGGACGGCGAGAAGCUGCGGAAGGAGCUGGCGAAGGAGGAGCGCGCCGCGAAGAAGGAGGAGAAGAAGCAGCAUGAGCUCGAGAUGAAGAGGUUGGCCAAGGAGGAGCGCAUGAUGCGCGACUCGGACUCGAAACGGGCGCGCGCGGACGCCCGCGACGCGCAGAAGAAGGCCGCGCACGUCCCGUCCGAGGCCUGCGAGCACGGCGUGCACUCGUGCCGCAUCUGCCACCCUGUGCAAUCCAAGAAGGAUCACGUCAGCCACCACAAGGACAAGCCGCACGCGCUGGUCACGGCCGAGUGA